AGCCCUUACUCGUCUCUCCUCUCCCGAGUCCCGACUCCCGACUCCUCUGAUUCCUUAAGAAAAAAAAGGAAAAAAAGAGGAAAAGCCACGACUCCUUGCGGGCUGCGGCGGUGCGCCCGUGCAAGACAAGAGCCUGUCAAUCUCCCCGUCCCCUCGGUGGCCGGCCGUUUCCUCGGAUUUCGCCCACCGCCCGCCUGCGUCGAUCUCCAUCCCGCGACGAGGAGCGGCGCCGCCGUCGCUGCUGCUUCCGCCGCAUCCUAGCUCGCUGUCGCUGAAAAAAAUUGGGGUUCAACUGAACCCACAUGCCCCACGCUAGGUCCAACUCAUCCGGUGAGAAUCAAUGGCGAAGAAUCCGGUAUCCAGGAUGAUGUUCGACGAUGAUGACGAUGAGCCUCAGUUGAAUGCGGUGGAUAAUUACUACCUUCUUGAUGCACGGGAGGUGCCUGUCUGUUUAUCAGUCUUGCCAUUUCAGUUCAAAGACACCGAUGAGGUUCCUGAAUGCAAGAAGGAUGUCUUCUUGUGGGGAACUGCUGAUCCUGGCAUCAAAGUAUACAGGAAAGUGAUCGCUUGGAAGCUAGGCCUUCAAGGCAAGCAGCCGGAGAUUUCUGUUCUUUCAGCAGAAGGCAGCUGGAUUAGCCUUACAAAACCCAAGAACAGCUAUGAGGAGAAGAUUCGGACAAUACUGAUCACCGUGCAGAUGCUUCACUUCCUCAAAAAGAAGCCUGAGGAGCCUGAAAAGAACCUGUGGAGUCAUCUUCGUAAAAUUUUCGACAAAUUUGAGGUUAGACCCUCAGAGGAUGACUUAAGAAAUCACCGUUUACUAAUUAAGCAUUUUGCUGAGAAAGACUCGACCUUGGCUAAAUCAGAGAUUUUGCAAGGCUUCACUCAAGAAACUUCUAGGAAAAAGUUUAGUGAGGUUGGUUCAGAUAAAGUGGAAAUCAAAGUUCCAUUCAUUGCUGAUGAUGAGGACAUAGAGGAGAUGGCUGACGUGGAUAACAAUAUUGAAUCUGAUGAAGAAGAGGAGGAAGAUUUAUUUGAUUCAAUCUGUAGCAUAUGUGACAAUGGAGGAGAUCUGUUAUGCUGUGAUGGUCCAUGUAUGAGGUCCUUCCAUGCAAAAAUCGGUACUGGUGAAGAUUCCUAUUGUGAUACACUUGGGUACACUGAGGCAGAAGUUCAGGCAAUGAAAACUUUCUUGUGCAAAAAUUGUGAGCAUAAGCAACAUCAGUGUUUUAUAUGUGGAGCUUUAGAACCUUCAGAUGGACCAGCUGCUAAGGUGUUUCUUUGUAAUAAUGCCACGUGUGGGCACUUUUACCACCCAAAAUGUGUUGCGCGACAACUUCAUUCUAAAAACAAAAAUGAAGCCUCAGAACUGGAAAUGAAGAUAGCAAAUGGACAUUCAUUUACAUGCCCCAGCCAUUGGUGUUUUCAUUGCAAAGGUUUGGAGGACAGAACUCAAGAGGAAUUACAGUUUGCUGUUUGCAGACGCUGCCCAAAGUCGUAUCACAGAAAGUGUUUGCCUAGAGAAAUUUCCUUUGAAGAUAGUGAAAAUGAGGAUGCUAUUACACGUGCUUGGGAACUUUCGAAAAGAAUUUUGAUCUAUUGCUUGGACCAUGAGAUAGAUACUGACAUUGACACACCGAUCAGAGACCAUAUAAAGUUCCCUCGUACUCCAAACAUAGAAAAACCUGCAAGACUUCUAAAGAAGUCAACCAAAGUGGUUAAGAAAAAAAGGCCUUUUAGUGAGUCAGUUCCUGAUCAACUUUCAACAGAACUUCGAAAACUGCCAGAUAUGGUUUGCAUUCAAGAAAGUGAUCGAGCCAGAAAGAUUAGUGCUAGGAGUUCAUCUGAGCAAUUUGUUGUCAAACCCGAUAAGAAAAAAGCCAGGUUCUUGAAAGAUACACCACAGCCUGAUCCAUGUCUGCUCAAGGAUGCUUCUACAGGCAUUACAAAACCUGCAAAAGAGCAGGGAAAACUGUUGGUAACUAUGCCUUCAUCAUCUACUUCUACGAAGAUACCCCAAAGUUCAUUUCCUAGAGUGGAUAGCGAAACAGAGAAGAGGGUAAUGGCCUUGGUGGAAAGAGAAGCCUCUUAUUUGACAUUAAAGGAUAUUUCAAGAAAGUGCUUGAUGCCUUCAACUCAUGCAUACUCGGGCAGGCAGGUUGACAGGAUUAUUGCGACUGGCAAGCUUGAGCGUUCUGUUCAGGCUGUAGGGGCAGCUUUAAAAAUGCUGGAAAAUGGAGGCAAUGUUAAUGAUGCUAAAGCAGUCUGUGAACCUGAAGUCUUGAAGCAGCUUACAAGAUGGCAUAGUAAGCUCAGAGUAUAUAUAUCACCUUUCAUUUAUGGUACUCGCUACAGUUCGUUUGGUCGGCAUUUUACAAAGGUGGAAAAGCUUGUUGAGAUUGUUGAUAAGCUUCAUUGCUACGUGGAACCUGGUGACACGAUAGUGGACUUCUGCUGUGGUGCAAAUGAUUUCAGCCGAUUGAUGAAAGAAAAACUUGACAAAGUCCAGAAGAAGUGUCAUUUCAAGAAUUAUGAUCUUAUCCAGCCGCAGAAUUGCUUCGCCUUCGAAAGGAAAGAUUGGAUGACUGUACGGCCAAAAGAAUUGCCUCAUGGAUCCAAACUAAUAAUGGGGCUUAAUCCUCCUUUUGGAGUCAAAGCAUCUCUUGCGAACAAAUUUAUUGACAAGGCAUUGACCUUUAAGCCUAAGCUCGUUAUAUUGAUUGUCCCAAAGGAAACAAAAAGGUUGGAUCAAAAGAAGACACCUUAUGAUUUGAUUUGGGAGGAUAGUGAUUGUCUUUCGGGAAAGGCAUUUUAUUUGCCUGGUUCUGUUGAUGUUAAUGAUAAAGUAGUUGAAGGGUGGAAUGCCUCUGCACCACCUCUCCAUUUAUGGAGCCAUCCUGAUUGGACAAGGAAGCACAGGAAAGUAGCUGAGGAGCAUAACCACACUAGCAUAGGGAGGAUCGCUUCCCAUGUUGAAGAAGAUAAUCUAUCAGAUAACCUCCCUAUGAUGAAAGAAACUGAAUCUUAUGGUAUACAUAACUCUAGAUCAGGGAAAGAGGAGAAUGCAGGACAAACUUCAUGCAAUCUCAAAGGGACCAAUCUAUCAGAUCUCCCUGUGAGGAGACAGGCUGAAGCUGGCAACAAACGAAAUGUUGGACCAGGCAAAGAGAAAGAGACUACAGAGAAGACAUCAUGCGAUGUCAGAGAGGUUAUUCUAUCAGAUGAUCGUCCUGUGAAGACACAAGCUGGAUAUGGACAAGUGAAAGCUAAAGAGUACCAUAGAUCCGAUAGCCUUCCUGUGAAGAAACAAGCUGAGACUAAUUACCAGCAAAUCUCUCAAUCAGGAAAGGAGAAAGAGCAUAGCAUGGAUGAAAGCAAUAGCACUCAUAACAGGAGCAGGAAAAGAACCCCUGAUCAGGUUGAUGGGAGCCUCCCUCCAGAAAAACAAGUGGAAGUUGCUUAUGAGGAAAGAAUGGCUAUUCCUAUCAAGAAGAGUACUCACCAAGAAAAACAACUAGAUGCAGGAGACAGAUUAAAUGCUCAUAGAGGAUCAGAGAUUAUGGGUGCCAAAUUCACAGAACAAGCGAACUCUGACAUGAGCAUGUCAUCCUCUGACUCCAGUAAUGCUCAAAACAAAUCCAGAAGCGGUUCCCCUUUUAUUCCAAUUGGACACCCUGCUGAUAAGAGUACAGGUCGAGAUAGUUUUAUUAGUUAUCCUCCAAAAGAACAUCUUGUCUCUAAGCAGGCUACUUAUCAGGGCAGAUAUUUAGCAAGCAAUAAUGAAUGCAACAAUGCAUUUGAAGGGAAGAUUGAUCCUCCAUUUCAUACCAAUAUCGAUGAUAUCUCCAGGAAGUUCAGCCCUGGUACUGACUUCGAAGUGAACAGGCAGCAUUUCACUGCCCCAACUGGCAACGUGUACAGUUUGCAAUCUCUAAGAGAUAGUGACAGGUUUUAUAGGACGCAGCGCUCAGAAGACAGGAACACUAAUUCUCUUGAGAGCACAACUGGUGAUGCACCUUUGCAUGGACACCCCACAAGGUACAGUCGACAAGUUGGUGAUGAUAAUUAUCUACAAACCAGUAGGGUCCCAUCAACAUUGCAUGAGCAGGCACAUCCAAGAACGCAUGUUGGACAUGCUGAUGGUUACUUACAGACAAGUCAAUACUCCCUUGGAUCUUCAGGUGCUACAUAUGGUCAGCAAACAUCUUCAUAUGGACUCCCCGGUACGAGUACACCAUAUAGCAUUAUGGACAAGUAUGCUCCUGGAUUCUUGGCUCCAAGUGCACAAAGAAGCUCAGUUAUGGACAUGUACGCCCUGGUUCCAAGUGCAUCUGGAAGCUCGGUUAUGGACAAGUAUGCUCCACCUUUAGAGGAUACAAACUACAGUGCACGAGGGGUUCCACAAUACCCGUACCGACAGCUAGGCUCUUCUGGUGGGGGUUGGCCUCGUAGCUGACCACACUUCAGUUUACCUGAUCACCGUUUUGAAUGUCAUUGACGGCUGAUGCAGCGCUUGCUUUUUUUUUUUCCUUCUGAGAGAUCUGCUGCCAUGUUAUUUCUGCGUUCCAUUUGAUGAAUACUAAAGUGGAUCACUUGUACAGGAAUAGAAAUCUCACCCUCCAAGAAAAUGAGCAAGAUCCUAGCUUACUAAUGUAGUGUACACUGUGACCCUAGACUGACGAAUGCCCAGAUUCCAGUAUGCUGGUUGUUGGGCAAGUGGGUAAUCCAUAUGGUUUCGAAUUUUUGUGAUAUUUCAGCUCUAACAAUCCUGCCUGAUUUUUUCCCCCUGAAGUUUCGUGUAUAGGGAGCGACUUUGGCUGAGUUUGCAGCAUUUUGAAUGGAAUGUUAACAGGCUUUGGCUGA